CAAGUCAAGGCGCACUCUUUGCCUGGACAUGUCUGGACGAACUUGGAUUUUUCCCUCCUUCCUCCGGCAAGUUUGAAAGGAAAGAAAGGAACACCCCGGAUGGGUUCAAAGGGGCCGGCGGCCAUCUGGCGAUGGAGAGAAGCGCUGGCUCGCCCGGGCGCUGGACGACGCGGGGCAAAGUUGGCUUUUGAUGCCGGAUGCCCCUUUUGGGGACUCCGGUCGGCGGGCAUGGAGUGAAAGUGACGGGGAUUGGGUUUCGCCGGGGGGGAGAGCGAGCGAGCCACCUUGCGCCCAGCUGGCCUGGUUGGUUUUUGGAUAUUGCUUCCAUGGAGAGCCAUUUGACCAUGUUGCUGCUGUUCUUGGUGCUGCUUGUGCAGCAUUUUGGAAACUGUGAAGGAGAUCUGAGGCAGGAUCACACCUUACCAAUGCAGUUCACUCAAGCUCAUUACAACGCCACCAUAUAUGAAAACUCAGCAGCUAAGACUUACGUUGGACAUCCAGUCAAAAUGGGCAUUUAUAUCAAAAACUUCCUGUGGGAUAUAAAAUACAAAAUCAUUUCUGGGGACAGUGAGAAUUUGUUCAAAGCUGAAGAGCAUAUUUUGGGAGACUUUUGUUUUUUACGAAUACGGACUAAGGGAGGGAAUACAGCUAUACUUAACCGGGAAGUGAAAGACCAUUAUGUAUUAACUGUUAAAGCAAUAGAGAAGAAUACAAAUGAAGAAGCUCGAACAAGAGUUAGGGUGCAAGUAUUGGAUACAAAUGACUUACGGCCUUUGUUUUCUCCAACAUCUUACAGUGUUUCAUUGCCCGAGAAUACAGCAAUAAGGACCAGUGUUGCACGAGUAAGUGCAACUGAUGCAGAUAUCGGAACCAAUGGGGAGUUUUAUUACAGUUUUAAGGAGAGGACAGAUAUGUUUGCUAUACAUCCGACAAGUGGUGUGGUGGUUUUGACUGGCAGACUGGACUACUCAGAAACUAAAGUUUACGAGAUGGAAAUCCUGGCUGUGGAUCGUGGAAUGAAGUUGUAUGGCAGUAGCGGUAUCAGUAGUAUGGCGAGGUUGACUGUUCACAUAGAGCAGGCUAAUGAACAUGCUCCAGUGAUCACAGCCCUUGCUUUGGCUCCUUCUGAGCUGGAGAAGGAUGCAACCUAUGCAAUCAUAACUGUUGAGGAUAGGGAUCAGGGAUCCAAUGGAGAAGUGGCAUCACUAAGCAUUGUGGCCGGUGAUCCACUGCAGCAAUUCAAAGCUGUGAGGACUUUCCCUGGGGGUAAAGAAUAUAAAAUUAAAGCUGUUGGUAGUAUUGAUUGGGAAGGCCAACCGUUUGGCUAUAAUCUUACUCUGCAAGCUAAAGAUAAAGGAAAUCCUCCAAAGUUUUCUUCUCUCAAGGUAAUUCAUGUAGCAUCUCCCCAAUUCAGGUUUGGACCAGUCCAAUUUGAAAGAGACAUUUAUAAAGCAGAAAUAAGUGAGUUUGCUGUACCAAACACCCCAGUGAUUAUGGUGAAAACUUUGCCUGCCUAUCCCCACUUAAAAUAUGUAUUUAAAAAUGCACCGAGCAAAAUCAGAUUCAACUUGAAUCCUCACACUGGUCUUAUUACUACUCUAGAUCCCAUAAAAGCACAACACGCACCAAAUUUAGAAUUUGAUAUCAUGACAAGUGACGGGAAAGCAUCUACAAAAGUACUCAUCAAAGUCAUAGAUGAGAAUACUCAUUCUCCUGAGUUUACACAGACAUCAUAUCAAGCAUCGUUUGAUGAGAAUGUUCCUAUAGGUACCAGUGUCAUGACAGUGAAUGCAAAAGAUGUAGAUGCAGGAGAAAAUGGCUAUGUAACAUACAGUAUUGCAAACAUAAGCCCUGUUCCUUUUGUGAUAAACCACUUCACUGGUGUUAUCAGUACCUCUGAAAACAUGGAUUAUGAGUUGAUGCCAAGAGUCUAUAAACUAAAAGUUCGAGCUUCUGACUGGGGCACACCAUAUCGCCGAGAAGUUGAAGCCCCUGUUACUAUAGUUUUAAAUAAUUUGAAUGAUAACACCCCACUGUUUGAGAAAAUAAAUUGUGAGGGAACAGUUCCCAGAGAACUUAGUGUCGGAGAACAAAUAACAACUGUGUCUGCUAUUGAUGCCGAUGAGCUCCGGUUGGUGCAAUACCAAGUUGAGUCUGGGAAUGAAUUAGGUUUAUUUCUUUUAAAUCCAAACUCUGGGGUUCUGUCUCUGAAACAGUCAUUAGGAGAUGGCCUAGGUGCAAAGACAUCCUUCCACAGCUUGAAAAUAACUGCUACAGAUGGAGAACAUUUUGCCACACCUUUAUAUAUUAACAUGACUGUAGUUGCCAGCCGCAAGCCAGUAAGCUUGCAUUGUGAAGAGACUGGGGUAGCAAAAAUGCUGGCAGAAAAACUCCUGCAGGCAAACAAGCUGCAUGGACGUAGUGAAACUGAAGAUGCUUUUUUUGACACUCACUCUGUGAAUCUGCAUGCACCUCAUUUUGGAACUAAUCUUCCCAGUAGCAUAGAAAUAAAAGAAAAUCAGCCUGUAGGUUCCGACAUCAUAUUUAUGAAUGCUACUGAUCACGACACCGGCUUCAAUGGAAAGCUGGUGUAUGCUAUCUCUGGAGGCAAUAAUGAUAGCAGUUUCAUGAUUGGUAUGGAAACAGGAAUGCUAAAAAUUUUAUCUCCCCUUGACCGAGAAUUAAAAGAUAAAUAUACAUUGAAUAUCACGGUUUAUGACCUUGGCAUACCGCAGAAGUCUGGCUGGCGCCUUUUAGAUGUCAGAGUUCUAGAUGCCAAUGACAAUUCCCCAGAAUUUUUACAGGAGAGCUAUUUUGUUGAUGUGAAUGAAAACAUAGAUCUGAAUACAGAAAUAAUUCAGAUCGAAGCCAUAGACAGAGAUUUAGGGACUAAUGGGGAAGUGCGGUAUUCAUUUCUUACAGAUACAGAUAAGUUUUCUAUAGACACUGUGACAGGUAUUGUGAAGGUGGUGGGGCCCUUGGAUCGUGAAGAUCGAGCUGUGCAUUUCCUGAGAAUAGAGGCUAGGGACCAGUCUAAAGAAGAACUGCAAUUGUCUUCAACUGUACUGCUGAAGAUAUCUUUAGAAGAUGUCAAUGAUAACCCUCCUAAAUUUUUCCCACCUAACUACCAUGUAAAAAUUCGAGAAGACCUUCCAGAAGGUACAAUUGUGACAUGGCUGGAAGCCUAUGAUCCUGAUUUAGGCCAGUCAAGCCAAGUGCGAUACAGCCUUUUAGAUGGCGGGGAUGGAAGCUUUGAUGUAGAUAAACUUAGUGGUGCAGUCCGCAUUGUACAAGGGCUGGAUUUCGAAAGGAAGCAAGUCUACAAUCUAACAGUACGAGCCAGAGACAAAGGAAAACCAAUUUCAUUGACUUCCACUUGUUACGUUGAGAUUGAAGUGAUCGAUGUAAAUGAGAAUCUUCAUCCUCCACAUUUUCCUAGCUUUGUGGAUAAAGGUUUUGUAAAUGAAGAUGUUCCACUUGGUACUUUAGUGAUGACUGUCUCUGCUUAUGAUGAGGAUGCAGGAAGAGAUGGUGAAAUCAGAUACUCAAUAAGGGAUGGAUCUGGCAUUGGAGUUUUCAAAAUAGAUGAAGAAAAAGGUACAAUAGCAACUGCUGAUUUGCUUGACCGGGAGACUACUUCCCAUUACUGGCUAACCAUUUAUGCAACAGACCAGGGCGUCGUUCCUCUGUCUUCCUUCGUUGAAAUCUACAUAGAAGUUGGUGAUGUUAAUGACAAUGCUCCACAGACUACUCAGCCGGUUUAUUACCCAGAAGUCAUGGAAAAUUCACCCAAGGAUGUGUCAGUCAUUCAGAUUGAAGCCUUCGAUGAAGAUUCAGGCUCUAAUGACAAACUGACCUACAAGAUUACUAGUGGAAACCCACAGGGAUUCUUCUUCAUGAAUCCUAAAACUGGUCUAAUUACAACCACAUCAAGAAAGCUUGAUCGAGAACAGCAGGCGGAACAUAUAUUGGAGGUAACAGUGACAGAUAAUGGCAUGCCACCCAAAUCAACCCUUGCCCGAGUCGUAGUGAAGAUCUUAGAUGAAAAUGAUAAUCGACCUCAGUUCUUGCAAAAGUUCUAUCAGAUUAAAUUGCCAGAACGUGAGAAACCAGAGAGAGAGAGAACUGCUAGAAGAGAUCCAAUCUACCGUGUGGUAGCUGCAGAUAAAGAUGAAGGGCCUAAUGCAGAAAUAUCUUACACCAUUGAGGAUGGCGACGAGCAGGGCAAAUUUUUUAUUGACCCAAUAACCGGCGUGGUCUCUUCCAAGAAAUAUUCUGGAGCUGGAGAAUAUGACAUUCUUACAAUCAAAGCUGUGGAUAACGGUCGCCCACAAAAAUCAGCAACUGCUCGUCUUCAUAUAGAAUGGAUCCCCAAACCCCGUCCAGCCCCAGAACCAAUUGUUUUUGAGGAAUCAUUUUUUUCUUUCACUGUCAUGGAAAGUGAUCCAGUAGCUCACAUGAUUGGUGUAAUAGCUGUUGAGCCUCUUGGUACUCCACUCUGGUUUGAUAUUAUAGGUGGCAACUCCGACAGCCGCUUUGAUGUGGACAAGGGUACCGGAACCAUAGUUGUUGCUAAGCCUCUUGAUGCUGAACAGAAAUCAAAUUACAAUCUGACAGUAGAAGCAACAGAUGGAACUAGAACUAUUGGCACUCAGGUUUAUAUUAAAGUAAUUGAUACAAAUGAUCACAGACCCGAGUUUUCUACAUCUGAAUACCAAGUCAUUAUCCCAGAGGACACAGUGCCAGAGACAGAAAUUCUGCAAGUCAGUGCGUCAGAUAGAGAUGAGAAGAAUAAACUAAUUUAUACUGUGCAAAGUAGCAUGGAUCCCAUCAGUCUUAAGAAGUUUCGCCUGGAUCCUGCAACUGGAUCUCUUUAUACUUCUGAAAAAUUAGAUCAUGAAGUCAUCCAUCAGCAUGUUCUCACAGUGAUGGUGCGGGAUCAAGAUGUUCCUGUCAAGCGGAACUUUGCUCGGAUAAUCAUUAAUGUUAGUGACACAAAUGAUCAUGCACCAUGGUUCACCAGUUCUUCCUACAAAGGUCGAGUAUAUGAAUCGGCAGCUGUUGGAUCCAUGGUUCUGCAAGUCACAGCACUGGAUAAGGAUAAAGGUGAAAAUGCAGAAAUUGUGUACUCCAUAGAAUCAGGAAAUAUUGGAAAUACUUUUAAUAUACAUCCCAUCCUAGGCAGUAUUACUACUGCAAAAGAAUUGGAUCGCAGCAGCCAGGAGGAAUACACCUUGAUGGUGAGGGCAACUGAUAAAGGCAGCCCUGCACUGAGUGAAGUGACAUCUGUGCACAUUUCAGUCACAGUCUCUGAUAACGCAUUGCCAAAAUUCACAAAGAGCGAAUACUCUACAGAAGUCAGUGAAGGCUGCAGCACUGGCAGUUUCAUUGGAAUGGUGGUUGCGCACAGUCAGUCAUCUGUGAUUUAUGAGAUAAAAGAUGGCAAUGUGGGUAAUGCCUUCACUAUCAACCCAAACUCUGGUGUCAUCACCUCUCAGAAGAUUCUUGAUUUUGAAACAUUGCCUUUUUACAGUCUAACUGUUCAGGGAACUAACAUGGCUGGCCAGUCCUCAAACACCACUGUGAUUGUGCAUCUUCAGGAUGAAAAUGAUAACGCACCAACUUUUGUGCAGACAGAAUACACGGGACUCAUAAGUGAAACAGCUUCAGUUAACAGUGUGGUUCUAACGGAUAGAAACGUCCCUUUAGUGAUACAAGCUACAGAUGCUGACAAAGGAUCAAAUGCUUUGCUUAUCUAUCAGAUUGUGGAGCCAUCUGUCCAUAAGUAUUUUGCCAUUGAUUCCAGCACUGGAGCCAUUCGUACAGUAAAUGGCUUGGACUAUGAAGAGAGAAGUACAUUUAGCUUUUCUGUGCAAGUGUCAGACAUGGGGACCCCACGCUUAUUUGCAGAAUAUGCUGCAAACGUUACCAUUUAUGUCAUUGAUAUCAACGAUUGCCCUCCUGUGUUUUCCAAAGAUCUGUACGAAGCGACCAUUCUGGUGCCAGUAUAUAAAGGAGUGAAAAUUGUCAGGGUAAAUGCAACAGAUGCUGAUUCAGAAGCCUUUUCACGACUAAUGUAUUCUAUCACUGAAGGCAACAUUGGAGAAAAAUUUUCAAUCGAUACCAAGACUGGGCAGAUUACUGUACAAAAUACAACGCAGUUAAGAAGCAGAUACGAAUUGACAGUCAGGGCAUCAGAUGGCAAGUUUUCCAGCACCACAUCCAUAAAAAUUAAUGUGAAGGAGAGCAGAACAAGUCAGCUAAAGUUCACCCGCAGUUUCUAUAAUGCUGUGGUCCAAGAGAAUUCCACAGAAGCAAUGACAAUAGCUGUGAUCACUCCCAUUGGAAAUCAAAUAAACGAGCCUUUGUUUUAUCAUAUUCUAAACCCAGACAGCAGAUUUAAAAUUAGCUACACUUCAGGAGUCCUUUCAACCACAGCAAUACCAUUUGAUCGUGAGCAGCAAGAGUCUUUUGACAUUGUGGUAGAAGUCACAGUAGAGCAUAAGCCAUCAAUAAUUGCACACGUUGUGGUAAAGAUCACUGUAGAAGACAUAAAUGAUAAUGCCCCUGUUUUUGUCAAUCUGCCAUAUUAUGCCAGUGUAAAAAUAGAUACUGAAGUGGGCCAACUUAUUCGGCGUGUCACUGCAGUAGAUAAAGAUAUUGGUAGAAACGGACAUGUGCAUUACUACCUCAAAGAAAACUAUGAUCAUUUCCAAAUCGGAAACAAUGGUGAAAUCUCACUCAAGAAACAGUUUGACCCAGACAACCUCAAUAAAGAGUAUAUUCUCAUUGUGGUUGCAGCGGAUGAAGGAGAACCAAGUUUUUCUGCUGAAGUGACAGUUCCAGUCACAGUUGUGAAUAAAGCCAUGCCAGUAUUUGAAAAAUCUUUCUAUAGUGCAGAGAUACCUGAAAAUAUCCAGAUCCAUAGUCCUGUUGUUCAUGUACAAGCCAACAGCCCAGAAGGCCUCAAAGUGUUCUACAGCAUCACAGAUGGUGAUCCUUUCAAUCAAUUUUCCAUCAACUUCAAUACAGGAGUGAUCAAUACUUUUGCCCCUCUAGAUUUUGAGGCCCACCCUGCCUACAAACUGAGUAUACGUGCUACUGAUUCCUUAACUGGGGCUCAUGCUGAUGUCUUUGUUGACAUAAUAGUUGAAGACAUCAAUGAUAAUCCUCCUGUCUUUACAGAGCAAUUUUAUGCUGCUACCCUUUCAGAGGCAUCGAUAAUUGGAACAUCUGUUGUACAUGUCUGCGCUACAGAUGCUGAUUCUGGAACAAACAGAGGGGUUUCUUAUUACUUGGUAGAGAAUGACAGCAAGAGUCAUGAUUACUUCCACAUAGAUAGCAACACCGGACUCAUUCUGACAACAAGGCCUUUGGAUUAUGAACAGUCUUGGCAACACAUAUUAUUAGUAAGAGCUAUUGACAGUGGAAUGCCUUCACUAAGCAGUGACAUUAUUGUAACUGUUGAUGUAACAGAUCUGAAUGAUAACCCACCAGUAUUUGACCAGCUGCUCUAUGAAGCUAGCAUCAGUGAAUUGGCUCCCCGUGGGCACUUUGUAACUCGUGUCAAAGCUUCAGAUGCAGACAGUUCAGACACAAACAAGCUUGAGUAUUCCAUAUUAACAGGCAACGACAACAUGAAUUUUGUCAUCAGCAGCAAAACUGGAGUCAUCACCCUUUCAAACCUACAUAAGCAGACUCUGAAGCCUCUUUAUCAUCUCAAUAUCAGUGUUUCUGAUGGGGUCUUCAGAAGUUCAGCUGAGGUUCUCAUAACUGUAAUCGGAGCCAAUCUGCAUAGCCCCAUUUUUGGUCAGAAUGAAUAUGAGGUAGAACUGUCAGAAAAUGCUCCAUUGAACACCCUGGUGACAGAGGUGAAAGCAGCUGACAAAGAUACUGGUAGCUACGGAUCUAUCACGUACCAUAUUGUGAACGAUUUUGCAAAAGAUAGAUUUUAUAUUAAUGAGAGAGGGCAGAUAUUUACUUCAGAAAUCCUGGAUCGUGAAACUCCAGCAGAAAAAGUAAUCUUCAUUAGAUUAAUGGCCAAAGAUUUUGGAGGGAAAGUAGCUUUCUGCAGUGUCAAUGUCAUACUUACUGAUGUUAAUGAUAAUGCUCCUUUGUUCCGAGCAACCGAGUAUGAAGUAAAUAUUGGAUCAGAUGUUCCAAGAGGUACAUCUGUUGUCAAGGUUUUAGCUUCUGAUGCUGAUGAAGGCACAAAUGCAGACAUCACUUACACAAUUGAAGUAGAUUCUGAAAAUGUUCAGGAGAAUUUAGAAAUUGAUUUUUUGACUGGGGUAAUAACCACAAAAGAAAGUUUAAUUGGUUUAGAAAAUGAGUUUCUUGCUUUCUUUGUUAGAGCACAGGAUGGUGGAGCCCCACAGAAAGAAUCUCGUGUUCCUGUCUAUAUAAGAAUUCUCUCUCCUGAGGUACUUCUUCCAAAAUUUUCAGAACCAUUUUAUUCCUAUACUCUUUCAGAAGAUAUUCCCAUUGGAACCGUGAUUGAUACUAUACAAGCAGAGCAUGCUCAGGCUUUGUUAUAUACUCUUGUUAAAGGAAAUACCCCUGAAAGUAACAGAGAUGAGUACUUUGUGAUAGACAAGCAAAAUGGAAGGCUAAAAGUUGAGAAGAACCUAGAUCAUGAGACAACUAAGUGGUACCAGUUUUCAAUCCUAGCACAUUACGUGAAUGAAGGUUACAGAGUUGUGUCUUCAGUGGAUGUGAGCAUUCAGAUAAAAGAUGCAAAUGACAAUAAACCAAUCAUAGAAUCCAAUCCAUAUGAAGCAUACAUUGUGGAAAACAUGCCAGCUGGAACAAAAGUCAUCCAAGUAAAAGCAUUUGACCAAGAUUCUGGAAGAAAUGGACAGGUUACUUACAGGUUAGACCCAACACAAGACAUUGCUGUCACAGAGUCCUUUGCCAUAAGCAUGGAAACAGGCUGGAUUACAACUCUGAAAGAGCUUGAUCAUGAGAAGCAGCAGAAAUACAGAAUUACUGUGGUGGCAUCUGACAGGGCUGAAAAAAUGCAGUUAUCUUAUACUGCCAUUGUAGAAGUUUCUGUAACUGAUGUCAAUGACAAUCCUCCACGCUUUACUGCAGAGAUUUAUAAAGGGACAGUCAGUGAAGAUGAUCCAACUGGAGGAGUAGUUGCUAUAUUAAGCACCACUGAUGCUGAUUCAGAAGAGAAUAACAGACAAGUCAGCUAUUUCAUUACAGGAGGUGAUCCAUUGGGACAAUUUGCUGUAGAAAAUCUACAGAAUGAAUGGAAAGUGUAUGUUCGAAAGCCUCUGGACAGAGAAGUCAAGGAUAGUUAUCUUCUAAAUAUUACAGCGACUGAUGGGAUGUUUGCAGCAAAAGCUAUGGUGGAGGUUAAAGUCCUUGAUUCAAAUGAUAAUAGCCCUGUUUGUGAAAAGGCAUUAUACACAGAGACUGUUCCUGAGGAUUCUCCGCCUGGUAAACUCAUCAUGCAGAUCUUGGCCACGGAUGCAGAUAUUCGUUCCAAUGCAGAAAUAGCUUACACUCUGCAUGGUGCUGGCGCAGAAGACUUCAGACUCAGCUCAGACACUGGUGAACUGAAAACAUUAGCAACACUUGACCACGAGCAGAAGUCAGUCUACAUGCUUGCAGUCAAGGCUACAGAUGGAGGAGGAAGAUUUUGCCAGGCUAAUAUUAUUCUGAAUAUAGAAGAUGUGAAUGAUAACACCCCAGAGUUUACAGCCGAUCCAUACUCUAUCACUGUCUUUGAAAACACAGAGCCAAAAACUCUGCUGACAAGAGUGCAAGCUACCGAUGCAGAUGCUGGAUUAAAUCGGAAAAUUCACUACUCACUAAUAAACUCUGCAGAGGGGCAGUUCUCUAUUGAUGAAUUCUCUGGGAUUGUUCGAUUGGAAAAACCUUUAGAUCGGGAGUUACAGGCUGUGUUUUCUCUGACUUUGAAAGCCGAAGAUGAAGGCUCCCCAAGAAGACUGUCUUCUACUGGUACUCUUGUGGUUUCUGUCUUGGAUAUAAAUGACAAUCCACCUGUCUUUGAGUACAGAGAAUACAGUGCAACUGUAUCAGAAGCUGCAAUGACUGGGAUGGAGAUUCUUCAGGUUUAUGCUGCUAGCCGCGAUAUUGAAGCCAAUGCCGAAAUCACCUAUUCUAUAGUUAGUGGAAAUGAACAUGGAAAAUUCAGUAUUGAUUCAAAAACAGGUGCUCUUUUUAUUAUUGGAAGCCUUGAUUAUGAGAGCUUCCCUGAAUAUUAUCUGACCGUGGAAGCCACAGAUGGAGGAACUCCCUCACUAAGUGAUGUUGUAACAGUCAAUAUAAAUGUAACAGACAUCAACGACAACAGUCCAGUAUUCAGUCAGGAUACUUAUACAGCAGUAAUCAGUGAAGAUGCUGAGGUUGAACAGUCAGUUAUCACAGUUAUAGCUGCCGAUGCUGAUGGGCCUUCAAAUAACCACAUUCGCUACACUAUUAUUGAUGGCAACCAAGGGAACCCGUUCACAAUUGACCCAACCUUGGGUGAGGUUAAAGUGGCUAGACCUCUUGACCGAGAGAAGAUCUCAGGUUACACUCUGACAGUUCAGGCCUCAGACAAUGGAAGUCCACCUAGAAUCAACACCACUACAGUCAAUAUUGAUGUGUCUGAUGUAAAUGACAAUGCACCAGCCUUUUCAAAAGGGAACUAUAGUAUUAUCAUCCAGGAAAACAAGCCUAUUGGGUUUACUGUCCAGCAGCUAGUAGUUACUGACAAGGAUUCCUCCCACAAUGGACCGCCUUUCCUUUUCACUAUUGUGAGUGGAAAUGAAGACAAUGCUUUUGAGAUAAACCAGCAAGGAGUACUUACCACUGCUAUUCAACUAAAACGCAAAAUGAAAGAUCAUUAUCUUCUUCAUGUUAAGGUGGCUGAUAAUGGAAGACCACAGUUAUCAUCUUUGACUUACAUUGACAUUAGAGUUAUUGAAGAAAGCAUCCAUCCUCCAGCAAUUCUGCCAUUAGAAAUCUUCAUCACAGUCUUUGGAGAAGAAUAUUCUGGUGGUGUCAUUGGGAAAGUACAUGCAACGGACCAAGAUGUUUAUGACACUUUGACAUACAGCAUGGAUGCUGAGAUGAAAUCCCUGUUCUCUGUCUCUAGCACAGGUGGCAAGCUGAUUGCCCACAAGAAGCUAGACGUAGGGCAGUAUCUCUUGAAUGUGACAGUUACAGAUGGAAAAUUUGCUACUUCAGCUGUUAUUACAGUACAUAUCAAACAAAUCACACAGGAAGUCCUAAACCACAGCAUAGCAGUCCGUUUUGCCAACUUGGCUCCAGAGGAAUUCAUUGGUGAUUAUUGGCGUAAUUUUCAAAGAGCUUUAAGGACUUUCUUGGGAGUCAGAAGAAAUGAUAUACAGAUUAUAAGCUUGCAACCAUCUGACCCUCCAUCCAACCUUGAUGUCCUACUGUUUGUUGAAAAGUCUAGCAGCUCUCAACAUCCAGUCCGAGCCCUGCUCCACAAGAUAAACUCCUCUGUGGCGGACCUUGAAGAGAUCUCCGGUGUGCGGAUAUUGAAUGUUUACCACAAGCUCUGUUUGGGCCUGGAUUGCCCUUGGAAGUUUUGUGAAGAAAAAGUGACCAUGGAUGAGAACGUCAUGUCCACCCACAGUACUGCCAGGCUGAGUUUUGUUACACCCCAUCAUCAGAGAAAUGCAGUUUGCCUUUGUCAAGAAGGAAGUUGCCCCCUUGUGAACAGUGCCUGUGAGGGAAAUCCGUGCCCUGAAGGUACUGACUGUGUAGGAGAUCCUAGAGAAGGAAAAUACACUUGUGUUUGUCAUGGAAAUACUGCUCAGUGUGCUGCGGGACCAGCCAUGACUUUUACUGGAAACAGCUACAUAAAAUAUCGCCUCAUGGAAAAUGAAAACAAGGAAGAAAUGAAACUCACAAUGAGGCUCAGAACAUACUCGGCUCAUGCAGUUGUCAUGUAUGCCCGAGGAACAGAUUAUAGCAUUUUAGAGAUCCACCAUGGGAAGCUGCAGUAUAAAUUCGACUGUGGAAGCGGCCCAGGAAUUGUGUCAGUGCAGAGCAUCCAGAUCAAUGAUGGCCAGUGGCAUUCUGUGUCCCUUGAAGUCAAUGGAAAUUACGCCAAGCUAAUUCUGGACAGGGUGCACACUGCAUCUGGUAUUGCUCCUGGCACUCUGAGGACGUUGAACCUGGACAACCAUGUCUUUUUUGGUGGUCACAUUCGGCAACAAAGUGUGAGACAUGGAAGGAGCCCACAAGUUAGCAAUGGCUUCAGAGGCUGCAUAGAUUCCAUUGUACUUAAUGGUCAGGAGCUGCCACUGAACAGCAAACCCCGGAGUUAUGCACACAUGGAAGAAUCGGUGGAUGUAUCUCCCGGAUGUUUACUGAGUCCUGCAGAAGAUUGUUCAAGUAGUCCAUGUCAGAAUGGGGGCAUUUGUAAUCCACUGCCCAGUGGAGGUUAUUAUUGUAAGUGUGCAGCUCUGUUUAUGGGAACGCAUUGUGAUCUAAGUGUCAACCCAUGUGCUUCCAAUCCUUGCCUUUAUGGUGGCACCUGUAUUCCAGUAAAUGAUGAUUUCAUCUGCCAGUGCAGAGGCCUGUAUACGGGUCAGAGGUGUCAGAUUGGUCCAUAUUGCAAAGACAACCCAUGCAAAAAUAGUGGAAAAUGUAUUGAUAGCUUAGAUGGACCUGUUUGUGAAUGUGAGGCAGGUUUUCAUGGUGAGAGGUGCUUGACCGACGUGGAUGAAUGCGUAGAAAACCCAUGUCUGAAUGGUGCUGUCUGUGAGAACACCUAUGGCGCUUAUCACUGUAACUGCAGCCAUGGUUUUGGAGGAAAACAUUGUGCCGAGGUUCUUAAUAAAUACAUUUCGACUUCUUGGAAUAUUAGCUUAGCAGAAGUCAUUGGCAUCAUCAUCUUUAUAUUGGGAGUCUCCAUACUGGUUGGGAUCUUUGUUUUCUCUCGCCAAGUAAUCAGGAGGAGGAAGAAGAAAAACCAGCCAGAACCUGAAGACAAACAUAUGGGAACAACAACGCCCUUCUUGCAAAGACCCUACUUUGAUUCAAAACUGAAUAAGAAUAUUUAUUCUGACAUUCCACCCCAGGUGCCUGUUCGUCCCAUCUCAUAUACUCCGAGCAUUCCAAGUGACUCCAGGAACAAUCUGGACAGGAAUUCCUUUGAGGGUUCCACCAUUCCCGAACAUCCAGAGUUUAGCACCUUCAAUCCAGACUCUGUCCAUGGCCAUAGGAAAGCUGUGGCUGUCUGCAGUGUAGCCCCUAAUCUGCCUCCCCCUCCUCCCUCCAACUCGCCAUCUGACAGUGACUCAAUACAGAAGCCUAGCUGGGAUUUCGAUUAUGACACUAAAGUUGUAGACCUUGAUUCCUGUCUAUCAAAGAAGCCUCUGGAAGAAAAGGUUUCUCAGCCUUACAGUGCUAGAGAGAGCAUGUCUGAAGUCCAGUCCCUUAGCUCAUUCCAGUCAGAAUCAUGUGAUGAUAAUGAGUCUUUUGCUGUUCCUGACCUGAGCAAUUCAAGAGGCUAUCACUGGGAUACCUCUGACUGGAUGCCCAAUGUCCAACUGCCUGGCAUACAGGAAUAUCCAACCUAUGAGGUGGUUGAGGAGCCGGCACCCUUGUACACGGAUCCAAAUUCUAUCGAUGCAGACUACUACCCAGGAGGUUAUGACAUCGAGAGUGACUUCCCACCUCCCCCGGAUGACUUCCCAGUGCCUGAUGAUCUGCCACCAUUGCCACCAGAGUACAGUGAUCAGUUUGACUCAGUACAGCCAUCCAGGAACAUGUCUGGUGUUGGUAGUUUGGAGUCUUCAGCGAGGAGCAGGCAAAGAUUCAACCUCAACCAGUACCUUCCCCAUCACUAUCCUUCAGACAUGUCUGAACCUCAAAACACAACCAAUGGAGUCUCCAGUAAUUACCGAGAACCUUGUGCUCCCUACACUGUAGGGUACGCUACUCGAGACUUUGAAGCACCCCCCGUAGACAACAUGUCCAUGUCUGUGUACGCUUCCACGGCUUCAUGCUCCGAUGUGUCAGCAUGCUGCGAAAUGGAGUCUGAAGUCAUGAUGAGUGACUAUGAGAGUGGAGACGACGGACAUUUUGAAGAGGUGGUCAUUCCUCCACUUGAUCCUCAGCAGCACACAGAAGUCUGACACUCUUCCUCAAUAAAAGUGCCUGGAUGUUAAUGUACUUUAAAAAAAAAAAAAAGAUUCUAGCGAAAUCUUGGAGAGCCCCUCCUCCUCCCUUAGCAGUGCUUGAGUGCUUUUGUUUCAGUGAGCUAAAACUGGCAUGGCUGCACUGGACCACAUAGCUCAUCUCAACAUAUUAACUGAUUUUUCCAUUGCCUGACCCUCCUACAGAUGGACUGAUCACAGGUCCCCCAUUGGCUGUGCCAUUCCCCUCACCCAGUGUUUUUUGUAUCUUCAUUGUCUAUGUUAAAGAAAUAAAGCAAAAACACGUACCAUUUCCUCAUUUUAGCAUGAUAUAUGUAUUUAUAUCUUUCAAGAACAAAUCAUUUUUAUCAUAUCUCUUUUUUUGUAAAUUUUUAUGUACAGUUUUAAUUUCAAUAAUUUUAACUAGAUUUUUGUAGAUAAUUUCCAAAUUUGAGUUCCACUGAUUUAGUGGUGUUUAAUGUGCCGUCUAAACAACUCCCUGCAUCUACUAGGUUUUAUGACCUUCAGGAAUGAAGUAAAAUUUCACUAUUUUUGUUUAUCAUCACGGGUGUUUGACAUUUCAUUUAUACAUUUCAGUGUAUUCAGGCAUUUCCAAGUGUACAUAAUUUCCAGCUGUAAAAGAUGACUGAUAUUUUCCCAGCAGAAAAUGUGGAAAUGGCCUUCAUGGGUUUCUGUACUCUAGAGCAGUAAACAUUUUUUCGUUUCUUGAAAAGUGUUUUGGGGCCCACCACAUACCUGUUUAGAACCAAAACCACACCUUGGCACAGUUUUUAUAGUGUCUGUAUAUUUGUGAUGCAAUGGUCUUGUAAAGGUUUUUACUGAAAUCUACCAUUAGCCAGUCUUUCUUACUGACAAUAAAUUAUUAAUAAAAUAA